AUGAGCGCAAUGACACAGACCUUAUUGAUGGAAGACUCCCCCCAGUCCUCCGUGCCAGAGAAGCCAAAACGAACUCGCAAGACUCAUAACAAGGUCAGGUCAGGAUGCUUGACUUGCAAAAUCCGAAGAAAGAAAUGCGAUGAAGAAAAGCCCUUCUGCCGUCGAUGUACCAGCACCGGCCGUAAAUGCGAUGGCUACCCUACGCCGUCCCCGACGAAUUCUUCAGAAAAGUCGCCACCUACCGCAGCCGAACCCGCCUCCAAACGUCUCAAGACCACUCCCGAUGGGCAAUUUAUCGUUCGUGCAGUCACCGAGCCAAGUCUGAGUGCAGAUGUGGACCAGGAACUUGCCGCUCUCAUCAGACCGCCCUCGAAUGUCAUGUUCCAAACAGACAACGACUUCUUUUGCUUCGACUUCUUCCGAACCCGCACAGGCCCUGAGUUUGCAGCUUACUUUGACAGCUCCAUCUGGCGUUCCUGUCUCGUUCGGGCCUGUUUUCGGCAUCCUACCGUCAUGGCCGCCGCGGCAGCCGUUGGUGCUGUUCACCGAAGAUUCGAGCUGGGCAUCUCUCGAGAAGCGUUCGAGUACUGUGACCUCUCGAAUGAAAUGUAUCAGGGCGCACUGAAACGACUGUCGGACGAUUUGGCCGCUGGAAACCCCAAUGCCGCCGAAAUCAACAUGCUUACCAUGAAGCUGUUCAGCGUGUUCGAGACGUUCCAAGGGAACGAGGACCUCGCACAAAUGCACCUGGUGGCAGGGCUCAAGGCACUGCUGAAGCGAAACAUGCGUACUACCUACAGGGACACGCAGUACCGGUCGGUGGACAUAUCCUACGACAGCCUCCGGCGACUGUUCCUGAAGCUGGAACUCGAAUCGGUGCGGUCCUUUCAUGGUCCGGCCAAGAUCCUCAGCGAGCCUGAAGAAGCCGUGCCUCUUGCAGUUUCGGACCCGUCGCUCCCAGAUGGUAUCUUUUUCCUGCCCGACCCCGAUCCAUAUCCGAUUCCGCACGCGUUUACAUCCCUCACACAAGCACGCGAUGUGCUCUUCACCGAAGCCACGUGGAUCUGGCACACCUGGGGACUCCUGGAACAGGGCAUUUUGUCCGGGAGUGGCUUCAGUCGCCACCAGGUCCACAUCUCGCGGCUGUUGCAGUGGUCAAUGGCGUAUGCCGAAUACUGCAAGCACGAGACGGCGCAACGCCAACCGCACGACCAACCAGCGGCGCAGCUGCUGCGAGUGUACCGCGAGACGGCGUACCUGAUCCUUCUGACGCAGAUGGCCUUCCACUCGCCCGAGACGGGCGCGGUGAUCAUUCCUCUUUGCGACCCUCCCGAGCUAUGCAGCUGCCAUCGAUCGUGCCGGACGUACGCGGAGCGCAAGGAAGCACUCAACGCGCAUUUCGCCCGGCUCCUGGUGCUGAGCGAGAGCGUGCUCAACCGCGGCUCCUUGUUCGCCUACAACGAGCACUCGCUCAGCAUGGACAGCGGCAUCGGCCCGCCCCUGUACCUGGGCGCGCCGCAGCAGCCGCAUUGUCGGUCCACGAAAGUGCGGCACCAAGUGACGUCGCUGUUGGACGCGAGCGAGAUCCAGACCCGUGUCUGGGACACGCUGGGCGUGUACUCGAUCGCCGAGAAGAUGUCGGCUAUCGAAGAGCACGCUGUCGUGCAGUGCGGCGCCGUGUCGGCCGACCUGGAGCCCAAGUGGGUGGACGUGACGUUUUUCUUGGACGAGAGACGUCUGCUGCUGCGCUAUUGCACCCCGGAUCGAGAGGGCCGCGGUGGAAAGAUCAGAGGGACGGGGCUCGUUCCUUCCGACUACGGCAGCAGCGGGACGGGGGGGUUGAUUUGGACGCAGGAAUGGGCGUCUUUUUGA